GGCCGGGCGGCGUAAAUUCUUAUGAGAACCGAAAUCUUGUCAGUGUCAGAGACCUCUUUCUUUCUUCCUCUCUGUGUUGAUUUGAUCGCAUACCAAUACCAAUUGUUAGAAAGCAGAAAUGGAAAUACCGAAAAGGUUUCGAGGCAAGGUGGCGAUCGUGACCGCUUCCACCCAGGGAAUUGGCUUCAGCAUAGCUGAGAGGCUUGGCUUGGAAGGUGCAUCUGUUGUCAUCUCUUCUCGCAAACAGCAAAAUGUUGAUGCGGCUGCGGAAAAACUCAGGGCUAAAGGAAUUGAUGUGUUAGCAGUUGUUUGCCAUGUUUCUAAUGCUCAACAAAGGAAGAAUUUGAUUGACAAAACUGUGCAGAAGUAUGGCAAGAUAGAUGUUGUUGUGUCCAAUGCUGCUGCGAAUCCUUCUGUUGAUGCCAUUCUGCAAACAAAGGACACGGUUCUUGACAAGUUAUGGGAGAUAAAUGUCAAAGCCUCUAUACUUCUUCUCAAGGAUGCAGCUCCUCACAUGCAGAAAGGUUCUUCUGUAGUUAUCAUUUCCUCAAUUGCUGGUUAUAACCCACCACCUGCUAUGGCUAUGUAUGGAGUAACCAAAACAGCCCUUCUAGGACUUACCAAAGCCCUGGCUGGUGAGAUGGCCCCGAACACUCGUGUAAACUGUGUUGCUCCUGGUUUUGUGCCAACUAAUUUUGCAUCAUUCAUUACCAGUAAUGAUGCUAUGAGACAGGAACUUGAAGGGAAGACAAUACUUGGAAGGCUUGGCACAACUGAAGACAUGGCUGCUGCUACAGCUUUUUUGGCAUCUGAAGACGCUUCUUAUAUAACCGGAGAAACUUUAGUAGUUUCUGGGGGAAUGCCGUCCAGGCUGUAGCUUCCAUUUUUAUCUUCUAGUAAGCUUUUGUUGCAGGGUCUACCCCAAAACUUACUAUCCCUGAUUUGAUCCUCUGGUUUUGAAAACUCUACACCUAGAACACUGUUUUUUUCAAAUUAUUCUAAGAUACUGUGUAGAGAUAUUAUUGAGCUACCAUUCACAUUGAAUAUUGGUUUUAUAAAUGUUACCUUAUAAUCUGAAAGGUAUUGGUUAUCA